GAUGGAAAAGAUAAAGGGAAUUCUUGAAAGAGAAGGAUUUGGGCUCAUCGGACAGCCAAGGGAUGAGAACGCAUUUUAUUACAUCAUUCAUGCAAUUAAGAAUACGUCAAAAAAAGGUCAUGGUGGAAUAUGAGAAAAACGAAGAAUGAAAUAUUUGAGUUUGAAUUGCAGAAUGCCUUGUAUUUUCACCUUUUUCUUACUCAGUGUAUUGAAUGUGACGGGGGAGUUCCACCAGAGAUUUGCUUAGAGAAGGAUUUUAAACAAUCACGGGCAGAGAAAAGAUCCCCAUCUCCUAGGGAAAUAUUUGCUGCUUCAGAAGUUUUACAAAGAACAAUUUGCUUGUAUAGAAUAUGUGCUUCUUCUGUAAAAACUAUCAAGGACAUCAGAGGUUUUAUCUUUACCCCGGUUCUGCGAAACUUGUGUACAUCAGAACCUCUCUGCAUUGUCAUGUUAGAAAGACCUGACGGUUUUCCUGAAUUUGGACUGAUUGACUUCAAAUCUUAUGAUGAAAAGAUAUUAAGCACUUGCCCAGGUGUCCUCCUAAAUAUAGAUCACAAGGACUGUUUUGGAUUUAAAUUUUCAAAUAAUUAUGAACUCCUUUUCACCAGAUCAUCUUAUGGUCAUCAUGACCAUGCCACUGAUUUGUUUAAAAGAUUUAGCUUGGAGUUUUAUAACGAUGAUGAACAUUUUGUUCGUAUUAUAAACACCAUCUGCGACUUUGAGCUGAAAGAAGAGAAUGUAGAUCUAUUUUACAAGUAUGCAGACGAAUCUUUCAGUGAAAACACCGAGCUUGACGAAAAGGAGAGACUUCUAAGAAAUCACGUAGAAAGAGUACGAUUGCAAUCAAAAUCCCCUGGCAAAGGAGAAAUGCUUGCUUUAUCAUCAGUUCUGAACGUUGAUAUUUUCAUUGGAAAGGAAGAUAGAGACUGUUGGGAACUUUACAUGCCUGUUACAAGUACCUAUAUCAAGUGUUAUCAUUCACCUAUUCUCUUAAUAUUACAGAAACACGAGUCUUCCUCGUAUAAACCGCAUAUCACAAACAAAAAAGAAUGCGCCUGUCGCCAAGAUAAACCAGUGAUUCUGGGACACAUAGGAAUGAUUGCAGAAAACAUUCAUCACACAGUUUUCAGAGCAUCAUGUUGUCCAUCAACAAGACAUGCUUUCCACAAACAUCUUGACCACAUUCCUAACAGCAGAACAACUUGGCCAGACAGGGAAGAUUGUUUCGCACCAAAUGAAUUUAUCCAGAUUGCCUUAGAAAGACUUUCAACAGAGGGACGGCGAAUUGAUCAAAUAAAUGGAGGAAAAGGCACUCUUACGUGCGCAUUGACAAAGGAAAUAUAUGAGCGGAGAGAAUCUUUUCCGAGUGAGUUACUUGAUGUGCUAGAAAAUGAAAACAUUCAACUCGAUGAAAAACUGCAAAGAGUCGCCGAUUGGAGUAGCUUACCGAUAUAUAUCUUCAAUAUGAUAGUCAUGCACAGUGAGUGUCGUCCAGCCUUUCACUGGACUCGAUUUGAGCCAGAGAGUUUGAUCCAAACACGCAAACAAAGACCAUGUAGAUUUUACAUCACAUUGUUCUUUGACUACUCAAAUGAUGCAUUUGAUCGAAUCAUUCCAAUAGGAGGAUGCAAUUGCCAUUUGCCACCCCCAGUGUCGCUUUUGCAGACAAUAUCAGAACUUGAAACAAACAUGACGCUGCAAAUAGAACCUAACAUGAGACAGAGGGUUUUUGACACAUACUUCAGCGAGGUGCCAAAUGAAAGCCUGUACUGCACAGAAGUCAGAGAUUUCCCUCCAUGUUCACCAUACUCUGGGCUUCGAACUGUCCAGCAGAGGAUGGACAUGAAAGACAGGACGAUAGACUUCGUGGAAUUUUCUGAUCACUCCCUGCUUCGGUGCCUCAGUAAGGAAAUAUUUGGAACUGAGCAACAUGUUGACUUUCUCCUAAAAGAGCUUACUAUUGAAAUUCAACAAAACACUAAUUUCUACCUGCCUUUUAUUGAAAACAUCACCAAAUUUAUUUUUGAGGAAAAAUUUGGGAAAAUGAAAGGCUCUGAAAAAGAAAUACAACAGCUAAUCACUUUUGCGAUUUCACGAAUUGAAGAUGAUUUACCAACAGGAGACGUUCUACUUUGGGUAAUUAGCACAUUUUUCCAAAUUGAAGUUUUUGUGCUACGAUUUGCAGAAUCGCAGUCAUCUGCCGAAAGUUACUGGACUGAAUAUUUUCCAUUGCGAAAGAAAAAAGACCGAUAUGAAAAUUCUAGAAAAAGAAAAACGUUUUUGACCUUGCUCGAAACACAGACAAAGAGAUUCUACAGAGUUGUAUCAAAAACUAGCGGAUGCAGCUGUGAACUUAUUGCCCCAACAGUUCCAAACAGAGUUCAGGAUCCUUUGUCUAUUUCUUCCAACCACGAUUGGAGGGUUACAAAGCAAAUGAGAAAAAUAGAGGCCAUGAUUGAAAUUGCCAGGGAUGCGAUAGACCAAUGGCUGAAAUGCAACCUCCUCCUUCAACAAACUUGUGACCUGGUGAUUGCUGAAAUGGAACUUCGUCGCCGAAACGUCAAUGUUGCAACAAUUUCAGGUUCUUCUGUCGGUAUAAUAGGGGCUGUGCUAACCGCUGUUGGAAUUGGCAUUGCCCCUUUUACAGCAGGCGCGUCACUUGCCUUAUCUGUUACGGGUGGUGUUCUUGCAGCUACAGGUGGAACAGUAGCUGCUGGUGCAAAAAUUACCGAAACAAUCCUAAACACAAAAACUAUCGAGAUUCUGAAAAGAUAUCAAGAUGGCUAUCAGGAAAGAUUCGAAACAGUACAGGUCAACCUUCGGUUACUUACAGAUGAAAUAAGCAGGCUUGGCGACAUUGCAAGUGAAAUGAAAACUAAUCAAGAUAUAGAGACUUUCGAUUUUGCGGCACUUCAAAGCUUACCUGGCAUACUAAGAAUGGUUAAGGGGUUAACCAUGAUCCCAUUAGCCGUGCUACGGAUUUCUGCACGAGGAAUCAGCAUUCUUGGCGUAGUAAUAGGACCACUCUCUGCGCUGAUAGAUGUUGGUUUUCUAGCUUUUUCCAUCCGGAAUAUGGUUAAAAGAAACAAAACUGACGUGACUGAAAAUCUUCGAAGAAUAUCUGCCUCUCUUUUUGGUUCUAGGAGGCAAAUGCACUCUUGGGCAUAUGGAAAUCAGAAAGUUUUCUUUCAUGAUUCGAAGUAUUUCGUGAAAGUACAAUGAAAUUUAUUAGAGCAUUUAGUACAUUUCUUGUCUUAUCUUGCUCAUAUUUUCUCUCAAUGCAUUGCUGCUAUGUAAUAAAACAUACAAAAAAGCAUGAGAGAGAGAGAGAGAGUUUUCAGAAACAUCUGUGACUUUAUACACAUAAAGGUAACACGAGAUUAAUUUAGAUUAGUUGCGAUGUACAUAUACUAAUUUUGCUAGUCUGUCUUUAGAAGGUUGAAAUAUGAACAUUUUCCCCAGCUUGAAUCUUGAUUUUUACUGUAACUGUAUUAUUAUACAGAGGUUUUGGUGAUAUCU